CGGGGCAGGUAGCGGGCACAGGGCCUUCCGGGGUGGCCGCUCCGGCUUCCUCGGGCCGUCCGAGGGGUUCCCCCGUUUCUCCCGCUCCGGGGGUGAGGGGGAUAUCCUCCACCCGCCCCGGGCCAAGGCGCGGGGCUCAGGCCCCUCCGCCCAGAGCCUCCCCGCCCCUUCGAGCUCAGCCGAGCGAGGUGAAACCUGAAGCCAGGUUGGGGGCGGGGCUGCUUUCUGCCGGGACGGGGCCGGCCCGCGCCUCCACCUCCCCUUACCCGCUCGGCCGCCGGCUGCGCCAGGUCCGGGGACCCCAAAACGUGGGAGCAGGUGAGCGGCGGGCGCGGCGCGCGCGGAAGGGCCAGGCGGCCGUCGGUCCCCGGUGCCCGAGGUUGGGCCUCCCCUCCCUGGCUCUCCGCCUCCCCCCGAGCCCCCCGGCCCCGCGAUGGGGCCCGGCUGCUGGCGUCGCGUCCCGCCCUGAGCGCCCCCCAUUCGCGGCCAUGCUGCCCCGAGGGCGACCCCGAGCUCUGGGCGCCGCCGCGCUGCUGCUACUGCUCAUCGGAUUCUUCCUGUUCGCCCGCGACCUGGACGGUGAGCGGCGAGCGGCCCGGCCAGGUGGGGGGGCCCCGCCGAGCCUCCCCGGGGCGCUGACGCCACGUGUCCCCUCUCCAGAUGGGCGGCCGCGGGGAGCCUCUGCCCUCGAGGACGGAGACCGGCCGCCCGCGCCCCACAACCUCUCCGACGCCGCCCCGCUGCCACCCAAAUGCGAGCUCCUGCAUGUGGCCAUGGUGUGUGCGGGUCACAGCUCCAGCCGGGAUGUGGUCACGCUGGUCAAGUCCAUGCUCUUUUACAGGAAGAACCCCCUGCACCUGCACCUGGUGACCGACACUGUGGCCAGAAACAUCCUGGAGACCUACUUCCGCACGUGGAUGGUGCCCGCGGUCCAGAUCAGCUUCUACAACGCGGAUGAGCUCAAGCCGCAGGUGUCUUGGAUCCCCAACAAGCACUACUCUGGCCUCUAUGGGCUGAUGAAGCUCGUGCUGCCUGGCGUCCUGCCCCCCGACCUGGCCCGCGUCAUUGUCCUGGACACAGACGUCACCUUUGCCUCCGACAUUGCUGAGCUCUGGGCGCUCUUCGCCCACUUUUCCGACGAGCAGGCCAUCGGUCUCGUGGAGAAUCAGAGCGACUGGUACCUGGGCAACCUCUGGAGGAACCACAGGCCCUGGCCAGCUCUGGGCCGGGGAUUCAACACAGGCGUGAUCCUCCUGCGACUGGACCGCCUGCGGCAGGCUGGCUGGGAGCACACGUGGAAGCAGACAGCCACGAGGGAGCUCCGCACCCUGCUCGCCACCUCGCUGGCCGACCAGGAUGUGUUCAACACCAUCAUCAAAGAGCGUCCCGGGCUGGUGCGGCCCCUGCCUUGCGUGUGGAACGUGCAACUCUCCGACCACACACUGGCUGAGCGGUGUUACUCGCAGGCGCCUGACCUCAAGGUAAUCCACUGGAACUCCCCCAAGAAGCUGCGCGUCCAGCACAAGCACGUGGACUUCUUCCGCAAGCUGCACCUCACCUUCCUGGGCUACGAUGGGAACUUGCUUCGGAGAGAGCUGCUGGGGUGCCCUGGCCCGCUGCCCCCCGGGGCCCUGCAGCUGCAGCAGGCUCUGGCCCAGCUCGACGAGGAGGACCCCUGUUUCGAAUUCCGACUGCAACGGCUCACGGUACCCCGCGUGCACCUCACCUUCCUGCCCCAUGAGCCCCCACCUGCCCGGCCCCACGAUGUCACCCUGGUGGCCCAGCUCUCCAUAGACCGGCUGCAGAUGCUGGAGACUCUGUGCAGGCACUGGCCGGGCCCCAUGAGCCUGGCCUUGUACCUGACAGACGCAGAGGCCCAGCAGUUCCUGCACUUCGUGGAGUCCUCGGCUGUGCUGUCCUCACGGCGUGAUGUGGCUUACCACGUGGUGUACCGGGAGGGACCCCUGUACCCUGUCAACCACCUUCGCAAUGUGGCCUUGGCCCAGGCGCUCACGCCCUACGUCUUCCUCAGCGACAUUGACUUCCUGCCCGCCUUCUCCCUCUACGACCACCUCAGGAUGUCCAUCGAGCAUCUGGAGCUGGGCAGCAGGCGGAAGGCGGCCCUGGUGGUACCAGCCUUCGAGACCCUUCACUACCGCUUCAGUUUCCCCAGUUCCAAGGCCGAGCUCUUGGCCCUGCUGGACUCAGGCGCCCUCUAUACCUUCAGGUUCCAUGAGUGGCCCCGGGGCCACGCGCCCACGGACUAUGCCCGCUGGCGGGAGGCGCAGGCCCCGUACCGCGUGCAGUGGGCCGCCGACUACGAGCCCUAUGUGGUGGUGCCACGGGACUGUCCCCGCUACGACCCCCGCUUUGUGGGCUUCGGCUGGAACAAGGUGGCCCAUGUCGUGGAGCUGGAUGCUCAGGAAUACGAGCUGCUGGUUCUACCUGAGGCCUUCACCAUCCACCUGCCACACACCCCAAGUCUGGACAUUUCCCGCUUCCGCUCCAGCUCCACCUACCGCGCCUGCCUGCAGGCCCUCAAGGAUGAGUUCCACCAGGACCUGUCCCGACGCUACGGGGCUGCUGCCCUCAAGUACCUCACUGCCCUGCAGCGGCCCCGCGGGUGACCCCUGACCCCCUCCCAGCUAUUUAAGUUAUUUACAUUCCCUACGGGAAGGACUGGGCGGCACCCCUGGCUGGGGCCUAAGGGCCUCUUGCUGCUAUUCGUGGCCUGGGUCAAGUCUCCCUCUGCCCCAGCUGCUGGGGGCUGGUUCCCCCAUCCCCAUUUCGUCAUGAAAGAUUUCAUACCUCCUUUGUGGGUGCCCCUGGCUUGGGGUCCCAGGGGUCCUUGCCUUGGGGGCCGGUGGCUGCUGCAGUUGUGUCUGAUCUGCCCUCCCUGGCCCCAAACCCAACACCACAAGGCAGAGAGACUUUAUUUGGCUUUAUUUAGUAAAAUGUUAAAAUAAAUAAAUACAAAUUGAUCAGCUGCUCUGUAUUCCCCCCACCCCCUCAAAACAAAACAAAACAAAAAAAAAUCAAACAAACAAAAACAAAAACUUUGAAGCACAAAACUCCAAAUACAAGUUCUACCAAGACUG